AUGCUUCACAAGAAGACAGAGGGUGGAUAUGUAAAUGGACCGUUGGAUACUCAGAAACAUUCUAAAUGGCCGUUAUUUCUUCGCCUGCGAGGAAGUGUUUUGCCCAAAAUGAUCUUGCCUCUACUCUUUGUUGGAGUUUGGGCCGCUGCCGUUACCUGUAUCUGUUUCUACCGAGUCGACAUCUCCUGCGAUAGCCUUCUUUUGACAGUACUCGGAUUUGUUGUUGGUCUAGGACUAUCCUUUCGUAGCUCCUCGGCGUACGAGCGGUACACCGAAGGCCGCAGAUGUUGGUCUGACCUUCGACUGGCUUCGCAAAACAUGUCUCGGCUCAUCUGGCUACAUGUCGGGGAAGAUGCGGAAAACAUUGAGAAUGGAAAGAAACAUCUAUUGGAGAAACUGACUGCACUUAAUCUCAUCAUCUCUUUCGCAGUCGCACUAAAACAUAAGCUCCGCUAUGAGCCUGGUAUCAACUCCGACGAAGAAUAUGCCGGCCUCUUCCAGUGGAUGGAUACUUUCAUAGGGCCACCAAAGGACUUAUCCACAACCGCGAAGAAGCCGACUUGGAAGCAUUAUGGAGAACUCAUCGGCCUACCGUUUGCUAUCGACAAUCCCCGCAAGCUGAUCAAACAAAUGGAAAGCCAACAGUCGAUCGGCAACUUACCUCUCGAGAUCCUCACGUAUCUCUCUACCUUCGUAGAUCAUGUAAUGUCCAAGAGUGAGGGGCGACUUGCGGCUGUGUAUCAAGCACCCUUGGUCAGUGGCAUUAUGACGAUGAAUGAGUGCUUGGUCUCAGCAGAGCGCGUCCUGGAUACUCCGUUGCCCACCGCCUACAAUAUCGCCAUCUCACAGAUCACAUGGGUGUACAUACUCGUACUCCCCAUCCAAAUGUGGGGUCCGCUCGGCUGGAUCACGAUUCCUGGCACAAUCUUCGCCGCAUACAUAAUCCUCGGCCUUGCAGCCAUCGGUCGCGAAAUCGAGAAUCCAUUUGGCUCCGACGCAAAUGACCUCGACCUCGAUGGCUUCUGCUUCACCAUUGCCAAGGAUAUUGAGAUGAUGACGGCGGCGCCUGCACCAGACGUUCAGCAGUUCACAACAGACCCAAAGAACCUAGUCCUGUUCCCACAAACAUAUUCUGUAAAAUACAUCAUGGAUACCUAUGGGAAAGCCGAUAUCAGAAAUGCGCUGCGCGAUAAAGCCGGUGCGUCUCUUGCACGAAAGCGAAGUUCGCAAUUUUGCAGGCAGGAUGGCUCGGAGGUACCUACUCAUAAUACUGCAUUCGGGUUUUCGCAGGUCUGA